AUGGCUAAAAUGACAGAAGAAAAUGUGUACGCUAAUGUUGCCAUGAUUGGGCAAAACCAAGGUAUGGAGCCUGUUCUUGGCUCACAGAGAAGGUCAAAGGUCACAGUGGAGAGGGUGGCUCUAGUGGUGCUCAGUGUGCUGCUUUUAGCUGCUGUUGCUGCUCUCACUGGAGUUAGUGCUAAAUGCUCAUGUGAAGAUAAGACUAAAGCAAUGGAAAAAAACACAACUGUACCAGGCCCCACUUGUCCAAACCACGUGGCCCCAUGUGGCAAAGACUGGGAGCUCCAUGGAACAAAGUGCUAUUAUUUUUCCCCACAUUCAGCCAAACUGCCCUGGAAUGAAAGCCGUGUGAUGUGUCAGUGGCUUAAUGGAGAUCUGGUGACGAUAGAGAGCAGAGAAGAGCAGGUGUUUCUGGAUGCUAAACUCCAAACACUGAUGUCUGAUCAUUUUGACAAGUUUUGGAUUGGGUUGACAGACUCAGAAUCUGAAGGGCGAUGGAUGUGGACAGAUGGCUCUCCACUGAACCAAAGUCUAGCGUUUUGGGUUGAUGACGACAAGAACAAGGAGCCGGACAACUGGACAGAGGAGGACCCAGACGGAGAGGACUGUGUGAGGAUGGGGCGAAGUGCGUUUAUGGGAGAGCUGUCCUGCUGGUAUGACCGCUCAUGCAAAAAGAAACAUCGCAGCAUUUGUGAAAAAAGAGCACAUUUUUAA